AUGUUCCAUUCAGGCGAUCUCCAAUCCGGUAUAUCCCGCGCCAUCACCGAACAGAAACUCGUCGCCGUCUUCAUCUACUCCACCACCGACUCGAACAGCCAGACAUGGGAGCAAGAAUAUUUGUGCAAAGAACCUCUACAGGCGGCAAACGAUGCGACAGCUCUAGGAGACAGAUUCGCUGAGAAGGCUGUCAUGUUGAAGAUUGAGUAUGGAAGUCAGGAAGCUGGCUUCUUGUCGGCGUUUUGUCCCAUCACUGCAGCGCCUACGUUUGUGGUGAUUCAUAAUGGACGGGUGUUGGAGAAGGUGGAAGGAGAGGCAGAGCGGGAGGAGUUUGAGAAUAAGAUCAGUGCGGCAUUGGGGUUGAAGCUGUCCGAUGGGGAGGCAGAAGAGUCGCAAUCGACACAGACGGAGCCAGCGGCACAACUACCUGCGGCAAGCGGACCAUCUGCUACCACCAAUGCACAACAACAACAACGCCCGCAACCCACACCUGCAACCGAACGAGAAGCGGCAGAGAAAGCAGCACGAGAAGCACGGACAAAUGCCAGACGAAAGGAAGCAGAAGAAGCACACGUAGCGCAUCAAGCGAACGAUUCGAGCAAGUCAAAGGAAGCAGCCAGGCGGGACUGGCUUGUACAACAGAAGAAACGACAGGACGAAGCAAAGGGAGAGAAGCAGCGGAUAUUGGCACAGAUUGAAGCGGACAAAGCAGAGCGGAAGGCGAGGUUUCAAAGAGCACCUGUGGAAGCUGCGAGCACACCACUGUCGCCCUCUGCGGAUGCUGCAUCGCGGAGGACGGGUGCUGGUGGGAUGUGCAGUCUACAGAUUCGGCUGUUUGACGGUACAAGCAUCAAAGGUCGAUUCGAACCUUCCGCGACACUGUCAUCAGGAGUGAGAGACUGGAUCAAAGACAGCACAUCCAAGGAGGCCAGAGGAAGCGCCAACGGUGCCGACAUUCCAUACACAUUCAAGCUCAUCCGAGCACCGCAACCCAGUCGAAGUAUUGAGAUUUCAGAGGAGCAUCAAUCUCUAUACGACCUCGGUCUGACGCCAAACGCGACUCUGGUCCUACAGCCAGUAAGCGGCUUCAGCGACGCCUACUCAACCGACGAUCGUGGAUACGUCAGCUCAGCACUCAAUCUCGCCUAUGGAGCAGCGAGUAAGGCGACAGGCGUGCUGUCCAGUGCGCUGGCGUACGUCCCAGGCUUCGGACCGGCGACUUCAGCGGACGACGAUCGGCCUUCUUCUUCGAGUCGGCGAGAUGAGGAUGUGUCGAAUCUAGAUGGAGCGGCGGACGAUGCUGGUUCAAGUCGGAUUAAGGUGAGAUCGCUGGCAGAUCAACGGGCCGAUGCGAUGAGAAAGGAGGGCAAGAAGACGGAGUUUUAUAAUGGCAAUUCGUCGGCGUUUGAGGGGAGGAAGGACGAUGAUCAUAAGAAGUGA